CGCCGACGACGCUGAUGCCGGGGGCUCCCAGAAUGGGGAGCUUAAACGGAAGAAUGCCGGGAAGGGCGUGGCGCCUCCGGAGAAGAAGAGGAAGGGGACCGGGGGGAAGAAGGAUGCCCCCUUGGUGAUCCUUGACGAGCCCCCCUCCUUUCAGGCCUCGGAGUCCACCCCCCUCGAGGAUUUUAAAGAGGGCGCCUGGCCCCGGGAAACAGUGCAGUUCUCCUUUAAGAAGGGGACUGCUAUCAUGCACGGCACCCUCGAUCCGAGGGAAUUCCUGAGGGGUGCCACUCCUCCGCUGGACCGGUCCACCCUCGGCCGGUUUGAUGAUGAAGCUCUCGAGCUCAAGGCCCUCCAGGCCUCAGUUUCUGCUAGCGUGGCCCUCGGGGAGUAUGUCCGGAGAGUGGACCAAAUGCGCCUCCGGAAGGCGGAAGACGACGAGGCCCUUAAGAGGCUCGUUGCAAAGAACACGGAGGCCAUACGGAAGAUGGCUGGGCUGGAGGAGGCUCUCCGGCAGGCUGACCAGAGGCUGGAGGCUGCCAAGAAUGAGGCCAGGGCCGAGGGCAUCGCCAAGGGGAAGGCUGAGGCAGAGAAAGUCGCCGCUGAAGCCGCCCAAGCAGCCGUCGAGGAAGCCGACAGGGCCAAAGCCGAAGCCGUUGCUAAAGCCGCUGAGGGUGCCGUUGCUUCUUUCGUUGCCGAUGGCUGGAAGGCCGAAGAAUACCAGCAGUGGGUGGCCUCGGUGGUUGAGGCCAAAGCGGAUGCCUGGGUAAAGGGCCCCGGGGCAAUGUGGCUUGCCCUGAAGGGGAAAAGUUUUUACGAGGGCGCCCAAUACUUUACUCAGGCUAUGCUAUACCGGAGGCUUGCUCGGCAUCACGGCGUAGAUCCGAAGGAGUUUCAGCCUGAAGCCUACGGCCUCCCCCCCCUUCUGCCGGAUGUGAGGGUCCCCCUCCCUGAGGGUGAAGAGAGGCAGCUACUUGAGGAUUCCGAACUGGCCAAGUGUGAUUCUGACGAUGAUGAGGGUGAUGCCUCCUCCGAGCUGAAGGAUGUCUCCCAAGUAGCUGACACUUAAGAUUUUUUGUAAUAUUUUUGUGGUUGUAAACUUCGGCUUCGGCCACAUGUAACCAAAC